AUGUCACAUGAUGAAACACACGUGGCGGAGUUGAUAGCGUGGUCGGGACCUAGGGCUGGGAUUACCAGUUCACUCUGCAAAUUCCAGGCAUUUUUCAUUGAAUGGUUUACAUCAGCUGAUGCUCUCUGGAAUCUAUGUAUCGCCAUCAAUGUCUAUCUGGUUAUAUUCCGCCACUAUUCCAUACCAGAAUUACGAAAAUUGGAAUGGAAAUACUUUCUUUUCUGCUACGGAUUCCAGUUUAUCCCUGCGCUUGUAUUCCUUUUCAUCAACACAGAAUCCAGAGGGAGAAUCUAUGGCGAUGCAAUCACUUGGUGCUGGAUCAGCGAUCAAUGGGGCAUACUUCGCCUUAGCGUAUAUUUUGGUCCCAUUUGGUUCUCAUUCGUGGUCAUCCUUAGUAUUUAUAUUGCUGCCGGCAUAAAGAUCUACAUCAUUGAAAGAGGGAUUAAGAAUUUCGCUGCAUAUAAUUAUCCCGUCUUGGAUGCCACAUCGCCCGACGCUUUAGAUGAGCAGCUCUCUGGAAACCCGCCACCUGGCGAUGAUCAAUCCACUUCCAUCAACCGCGUGGAACCUGUGUCUGGGGGACAGCAGAUAAUUGAGACUCAACCUUCCCGCCUACAUGGGUCAAAACCUGCGAAUCAAGCAUCGCCUAACAGUCAAGCUCCCACAGUGGACUUCUCAAUCGGUUCUAUGUCGCUGCAGACUCAAAACCGAGCCACAAGCAAACAUGAACCGGUUUCUCCAAAUAAUUCGGUGUCUAGCAGACCAACAAUUGCUGGAGGAUCUGGCGACGCACCUCAGCAAGAGCCCCCCGAAGAAAGUUCUGACAAUCUAGAGUCACUACCUGGGGCAGCUAAUUUGACGCAUCCCACAAGUACUGGGGCUAUGGCAGACCUAGAAAGCCAAUUGAGCGCACAGACGCCGGGGUCAGAGGAAACUACGACUCGAAGAGGCUUUACCGAAAGGAAAGCAGCCAGAGCUUAUGCCAAGCUCGCAAGUCUAUAUUUCUUGUCUUUACUUGUCACCUGGGUAUGGGCUAUUUCCUCUCGGCUUUGUUGA